UGGCACAAUGUGAUUAAGGUGUAAUACAGAUGUACUACAUGUACUUGUCUUAUGGUCUUCAACAGAAUUACUUUUCGCUGAAAAUUUCCAAUGGUUUACAUCGGAUUUAAGAAUAGAAUGAUUCAUAAACAAAGUGUAUAUAUAUUAGGAUAUUAUAAUGGGAGACAGAACGCUAAAUUGUAAUACUUCAUCUGAAUGGAAACCUGAAUUUAAAUAUGACUUUGAUCCAAUUUCCAGUGAUGAUGAAAUUGUAACUGUUGACUUGGGUGGAACACCAAUACAAUGUUUAAAAAACGGAGACGCAUUACAGCCUUUGGUUCAAAUGGCCAGGGUGGUUCCAGAUUACAGAAAACACAUACCGAGUAUCAGAAAUAUGGAAAUGGAUGAUGAUGAUGUCAUAAUAUGUGCAUUUGCAAAAUCAGGAACACAUUGGUUAUGGGAAAUAACUUCCAUGCUAGGAAGCGGAAAAGCGGAUUAUCACGGAAAAGAGAAAAAUUCAACCAUGUUGGAAUUAAUUCCCGCAGAGGUGUUAAGAUCUACGCCAAAACCCCGUAUUUAUAAUACUCAUUUUACACCUCAAGGAUUACCAAUGCAUGUAUUUGACAGAAAGUGCAAGAUUCUGUUCCUUCAAAGGAAUCCAAAAGAUGUUUUAGUGUCGUAUCUUCCGUAUCUACAGGGUCAUAAGCUCAUAGAUUCUGAGAUUAAAUGGGAUGAAUUUAUCUGCAAAUAUAUGGAAUUAGAAGUUGAAUCUUCGUUAUUGAACUGGUUUUACUAUACAAUACAGUGGUUUGAGUUCUUGAAGGAAGGACAUGGCAACAUUUACUGCUUGGCAUAUGAAGACCUUAAAGACGAUCCAGUGAGGGAAAUAACAAAACUUGCAAAAUUUCUAGAAGUUGGAGAAAACAGUGACCUGUUUAAAGAUAUAGCAGAAAAAUGUAGUUUCCAAAACUUGAAACAAGCAGCGCUUUCAAAGAUUGAUACGUUUGCAAUCAAUAAUAAAGAAGCAGCUAAGAAAUUUACAAACUUCACAUACAGAAAAGGUGAGGUUGGAGACUGGAAAAACUAUUUUACCGUUGCCGUCAAUGAGAAAUUUGAUGCUCUGUAUGCCAAAAAGAUGAAAGGAAUUGACUUUAAAUAUCGCUAUUCUUUAUAACUUGCCACUAAUGAAUGCAAUUAUUAUAACAGACAUAUAACCAUAAAAUAUUUUAUGCGGAACUGAUUAGAUUCGUAUAUAUCUUCUAUUUUGUUGACUCUCGCUAGAUGUACGUUGUUAGGUUGUAGUCUCAUUGACGUAUACGCAAAAUCUCUUACUUAUGUAUUCAAGUUUAUCAAACUAUUAACAUAGAAGAAGAAAAGAGGAAAUUUAAGAGAUGAAGCAGAAAAUGAUUAUUGGAAAGGCAAUGGUACACGAGAAGUACGAUGUUAAGAUGAGAUAUCUUAUAGAUACGAAAAUAAAAAUAUAGUCACCUUA